CGCAUGCGCAAUAUGUCAGCGCCCGUUUAAGGAGUUGUGUUUACUUAAUUUUUGUAAGACUAAAGGAGGUGGAGGCUCGUUUUUAUUCGUAUUAUUCAGUGUGUGUUUGUUUGAACACACACCUUGUUUUCUGCCGUGCUCGCACGCAGCUGUUAGUCUUUGUGAAGGGAAAUGCUGUUUUAUAACACAGUCUGUAAACUGUUCGACAAAGCUACCUGCUAGCUAACAGCUAACCAUCCAGCUCCCUCUCAGUCAGAGAAAGUAUCCACACAAUGAAAAGUUCUGCAAGUUUGAACAAGUCUCAUAAAGCGAUAUUCAUUACGGAUUUUUAAAAGAGGGUAAAACUGCUUAAAGCUUGCAUUGCAGAGUGUAUGCUGUAAGCAGGGUAGGGUCAUGCUGUCUAACUUCACUGCAGCUGUGCUCCUCACCUUGGCUUUGUUUACAUGUUUUUACAUCAACCAGAUCUGCACUCACAACACCAGACUGGUUAGAUCAGUUCAUGCCACGCAGAAUAAAACCACUGCACAUGAAAGACUUGUUAGUGCUGAUCCAGUAAGAGCACAAAGCAGUGUAGUGGAGAAGAGGGGGGUCAAACUAAAAACCACUAAAGAGACUGAUACUUCCAGAGAUGAUAAAUGCACCAUCGCCCCAGAGAGUCGCUUUGACUGUGGUAGGGACAAGCUUCUCAGCCAGACAGAGUGUGAAGAGAGAGGAUGCUGCUACGCCCCCCUGCCCAGCUCUGCAGGACCACCUUGGUGCUUCUACCCCGGUUUAUACCCUGGCUAUAAAAUGGGUCCCUUCACUCCCACCACGCGGGGCCAGGCUGCCACCCUCACACGUGACACCCCAUCCUAUCUCCCCAGAGAUAUCUCCACGCUACAGCUGGAGGUCAUACAAGAGGCUGCAGGCUGCUUACGCCUCACUUUAAAGGACCCAUCAUCUCAGCGAUAUGAAGUUCAGCUUCCAGUCGAUGUUCCUCACAACAGAUCUGAUACACAGGAUGCCCUCUACACUGCUGAAUAUCAGUCUGAGCCAUUCGGCUUCGUAGUGCGACGGAAAUCCAACAGAAGAGUGAUAAUGAACACCACAGUCGCUCCACUGCUGUUUGCUGACCAGUACCUGCAGCUGUCCACAGCACUGGCCUCCUCCCUUGUGUCUGGCCUCGGGGAGCAUUACACCCCCCUCGUCCUGGAUCUUAACUGGACUUCUCUGACUCUCUGGAACCGAGACAUGGCACCUCAUGCUGACGCUAACCUCUAUGGCUCUCACCCGUUCUACAUGGUACAAGAGGAGGACGGCUUGGCACACGGAGUUUUCCUUCUCAACAGCAAUGCAAUCGAGGUGAUGUUACAGCCGACCCCCGCUCUCACCUGGGUGUCUAUCGGUGGAAUUCUGGACAUGUUGAUUUUCUUGGGACCUGACCCUCAAAGUGUUGUACGACAAUACCUGCAGGUCAUUGGUUAUCCCAUGAUGCCUCCAUACUGGUCACUAGGAUUUCACUUGUGUCGUUGGGGUUACACGACCGCUAAUACAACCCGGCAUGUGGCACAACGGAUGCAUGAUGGCAAAUUUCCCAUGGAUGUUCAGUGGAAUGAUCUGGACUACGCAGAGAAGCGUAGGGUCUUCACUUUUGACCGCUGGCGAUUUGCAGACCUCCCAGAGAUGGUGCAGGAGUUUCACAAGAGAGGCAUGAAGUACAUCCUCAUCCUGGAUCCGGGCAUCAGCAGCACGAGCCCCCCAGGAACAUACCCACCUUUUGAGGAUGGAGUGAAACGUGACGUCUUCAUUAAAAAUGCUACAGGACACAUCCUCAUAGGGAAGGUCUGGCCGGGCCCAACAGCGUUCCCGGACUUCACCAACCCAGAGACGAGACUCUGGUGGGAGGACUGCAUCAGGGAUUUUCAUUCUAAAGUUCCCGUGGAUGGUUUGUGGAUUGAUAUGAAUGAACCGUCCAGUUUUGUACAGGGUUCAGUGGAAGGCUGUCCCGACGAUGAUCUGGAGAACCCGCCCUACACGCCCAGGGUGGUUGGAGGCCAGCUGAACUCAAAAACUCUUUGCAUGUCAGCUCAGCAGAAGCUGUCCACACAUUACAACCUCCACAACAUGUACGGGCUGACCGAAGCUUCUGCCACUCACAGUGCGCUUAUGAAGAUUCGAGGGAAAAGAGCCUUCGUCCUGUCUCGCUCCUCCUUCCCCGGCAUCGGACGCUUCUCCGGAGUGUGGACAGGAGACGUCAGGAGUGACUGGGAGCAGCUUCGAUACUCCAUCCCUGCGGUGCUGCAGUUCAGCCUGUUCGGGGUGCCUCUAGUGGGGGCGGACAUCUGUGGCUUUGAAGGCAACACCAGCGAGGAGUUGUGUGUGCGAUGGAUGCAGCUCGGGGCUUUCUACCCAUUUAUGAGGAACCACAAUGACAAACCGAACGCCCCUCAGGAGCCUUAUGUGUUUGGGCAGAAGGCCCAGGCAGCCAUGCGGGGUGCGUUGAACCUACGUUACUCCCUCCUCCCGUUCCUCUACACACUCUUCCAUCACUCUCACUCUUCUGCAGAGACGGUGGCCCAGCCGCUCUUCAUGGAGUUUCCCUCUGAUCCAAACAGUCAGACUAUAGACCGCCAGUUCCUGUGGGGGAGUUCACUUCUCAUUAGCCCCGUUUUAGAACAAGGGGCAGUAGAGCUAGCUGCUUACCUUCCUCCUGGAACGUGGUACAGCCUGCACGAUGGUCGGCCUUUCUACAGUAAGGGUCAGUACCUGCUCCUGCCAGCUCCCCUGGACACCAUCAACGUCCAUGUGAGGGAGGGACACAUUAUCCCUCAGCAGGAGCCUGCUUUAACAACAACAGCCUCUCGCAGGAACCCUUUCUUCCUGACGGCUGCCCUCUCGGCAGGCGGCUGGGCCCGGGGAGAUUUGUUCUGGGACGACGGGGAAAGCCUUGACACCUUCGAAACGGGGAAUUAUUGUUACAUAAUUUUCACUGCUGGACAGUCUCAGCUGUUGAGUGAUCCUAUCAGGCUGAAUGGCGCCCUGGACGGUCUGGUAUUAGGAGGGCUUCGCGUAUUCGGGGUUCCCUCACCACCUCUUUAUGUUUUAGCCAACGGGGACAAAGUCAGAGAUUUCACCUACCGCACGGACACCAAGGUCCUGACAGUGAGCAGCCUGGCCUUACCCAUGACAAAGGGCUUCACAGUCCAAUGGGCUCUCUGAUGCACUGAACUUCAUUACCCAAAACCCUUUGUGAGCCUUUGCUGGUUUCCCUGCUGCAGAGAACAGCUGCAUAUUUCUGCCAGCUUUUCUUGCUCAGCCUCUCUGGCUUUUGGAUGGUCGUGAUUUGGAAACAGCGGCUUAUUAAAAAGUUAGAUGAUACGGGGGGGCCGUCAUCCUGAUUGACCUUUGUUGCUUUCUGCUACAGAAUCCACACUAUCUGAUUUUUGAUGAAUUUUUAAGAACUGUAACUUUUAGUAUGUUGAAUGAUGUUAAUAUUUUUUUUUAAUAAAGCUUUUUUCAUAGCCAAG